AAAUACGCCGUUGGUCCCUGCUGCCCCGCAACCGCAAGCACAAGCACAAGCACAAGCACAAGCACAAGCACAAGCACAAGCACAAGCACAAGCACAAGCACAAGCACAAGCACAAGCACAAGCACAAGCACAAGCAACAGUCACCCAUGCCCGACGUGUCUUUGAUGCGUACACGACGCUCGCCGGCUUUGUCCCCUUUUGCCAGCAAGAACCAGAGAUGUUCCCUUUGACGGUCUGGAGGCUUGCUGUUGCGGCAGUCUACAAUGCAGUGCGAGUCCAUUACUAUGGCGCAAAGUUUUCCGAGAAUGAAGGGCGCCCCAAAUAUGUAAAUCCGAUCGACUACUUCUUCGAAAAGAAUACCGAGAAGCGCAUGUUUGCAGACUUUGUCAAGGCAAAGUUUGCAGCUGGCUUCAUGUUCUUGUCAGAGGCGGACCUUGUCCAUUUAUUCUAUACAAGCGAUAAGGCACGGUCGAUUAUAGCCCGAUUGCUGAGCGAUACAGCAGCCUACACUGCGGAAGCCAAGGUUGUCGGCAAGAAAGGGAUCCUCAUCGAGAAGCUGCUAUACAGACUGGAUCCGGCGACGCACUUUGAUGGGUAUUACAAGAAGGCUUCGCUUCAGAGUGACAGACAGCACCACACAAGGUUCAAGCUUCGGGGCGUCAUCUGCACGAACGGACUGGUGUUGCAUCUUCUUGCGUAUGACACAAUGACAACGCGACGCCGAGCACCCCAUCAAAGCAUCAGGGGUGAUGACGACGAUGAAGGUGGACACGACGACGACGACGACGACGAGGAUUUGACCCUGUUCCACGAUGUUGACGGUGACUAUGACCUCGACGACGCGUUUCUUGAAAAUAGAGGGGGCGAACCUGGUACAGAUCCGGUCGCAUCAGCGACGGGACCCGCCAAGAAGAAACGCAUCACGCUCCCGUCUUUGAUGCCAGAAAGUUCAAAGCGGCAGAGGCUGUCGAUACACCAACUGCCACCUGCAGACCCUACUGUGGCUGCUUCGCCCUCAUCCAAUUCAGAAGCCUCAUCUGGUACAACAUCAGGCGCAGAUACGAUCGAUGUCACACGCAACGCCAUCAACUGGAAGCGAGGUUCAAAGAUUCUAGAGAACGUGGAGGUGCGCCUCAACUCUCCUGGUACUUGCCCACCAGGCGAUACUGUGGUCAUCGGCAUUGACCCGGGUGAGGUUUACACAAUGACAGCGACAAGAGUCGAUCCCGCCUUACCUACGAAAAGAGAGUCUUCACGAAUCCGCAGGGCAUUCCUCCACAGGCCUUACAUGCUCUUCAAACGCCUCCCAGAAAAGCAGAAGGCCGCGGCACGCAUUGAUGUUCUUGAGGCAAGACUGCCCGCAUUUACCGUGGAGAAGAUCGAGGAAUAUCUAGCGUAUCUGGAGGCGCCUGGCACGGACGGCACCGCCGCGACCACCACAAGAGUCCGCAUUUUUGACAUUUACCACAGUCAAUGGAUGCUAAGGAAGCGCUGGGAUCUUCAAAAGGCUCAACAGGCAACGUAUGACUACGCAGUUGCGGUCUUGCUUGACCUUGCCGUUAGCAAGGACUUUGUUGGUCAGCUGCUGAGCUCGCAGGAUGGCGUAAAAGUGGUGUUUGCGAUAGGAUUGGGCUCUUUUAAUUCGCCCGAGAAGAAAUUUGUCGGCAAGGCAAAGACUAUGGGAUACAUUGUGGUCGGGGUGCAUUAGUACUACACCAGUGCUCGGUGCCCUCGUGACCAGUGUAUGGCGUUCUUGGAGUCCGACAAGAGGCGGUCAAAGUACUGCCGAAGCUGUCAAAUGUACUUUGAUCGUGAUAUUGUCAGCUCUGAGAACGUUGCCACCGUGUGUCUGUCGCAAAUCCAGAACCAGUGCCGGCCUGCCAAGUUCAUGCCAUCAGCAUAAUCAUAGGGGGUCGGAACCUUCUUUCA